UCAAGCAAAUCAUACUUUAUUUUUCUUAAACUGUAAAUACCUUUUUCAGCGUAAAAUGGCUUUAAGGAAUAUCAGGAACAUUUUUCAUUUAAAGAGAUGGAUAAAAUGUUGCCAAACCUUGUAUUGUGUCCCGUUACUGAUUUGCACUUUAUUACUUUUUAUGCAUAUAUUGAAAGUAUAUCAAAAUUUCCAGAAUUAUUUGUCAGUAAAGGUUAUGGGUCGUGGAAAUAUCAAUGAUCAUGAAAAGGAAGGCGAAUUGACAUUAAUAACAGCUUAUUUCAACAUCGGAUCGUUCAAAAAAGGUCCACAUCUUAUAUAUUCACCAAGCAGAUAUUAUACUUGGAUGAAAAAUUUUCGGUCUGUGAACAAUUGUGUCAUCCUUUAUACGGACGUAAUUGAUUUAUCGGUGCAAUUUGAAUUAUAUCGUGCACAUUUUCCAAAACAUAUGACUAAGGUAUUUAUAGUGAAUCAAACAAGUCUUUGGGCUUUUCAAUUAAAAGCAAGAAUCGAAGAGAUUUAUAACCAACCGGGGUAUCCGAAAUAUUAUCCAAAUGUAGGUGUGCCUGCUUAUUCAUCUGCAAUGCAUGCUAAGUAUGAAUUAAUGGAACAAGUAAUAAAAGAAAAGUUAUUUAGGACGAAAUAUAUUGCAUGGAUCGAUAUAGGCUAUUUUAGAAAGAAAGAACCCGGUUGUUUUAAAAUGGAAACUCCUAAGGAUAUUAGAGAUGAUCAUAUUUUAUUUUCGCAAGUAGAUUUUUUCAAACAUCAGCUCAAUCUGACAGAAAUUAUAUAUACAAGUAGAUUAUAUAUAGCUUGCGGUUUUUUCAUUGGAAGACCGGACAAUCUUAUGUUGUUCAUUGAGGAUUAUAAGUCUGCCGUUGAACGCUUGCUUGAAAUGAAUCUAAUGAACUCUGAUCAGCAAGUGUUGUAUAUAUUGUAUUCAUUAAAACUAUCCUUUCAUCCUAGGAUACCAAUUCAAACUUUUUUUAACCCAAUGAGUUUGAAAAAAGGAAGAAACGAUCGAUGGUUUUUUCUUGGUAAACUCUGUCAGAGGUUUAUAAAAUUAAAUGACAGUGUAGACACAUGUAUCGCUUAAUAAUAUUUAAUAUAUCUUUACCUGUUCAGUUCAUUUACUUGGUUUUGAAUGUAUGCAAACAAUUACAAUAAUUAUUGUUGUUACUUUCAUAAUUACAAAUAUCAGUUGCAAGGGAUUCUUGCAUCCUGUGUGGAGUUCUUACUGUCCAACGCUUGCAACACGUACAAAGAGAACUUUUCCCUGAAUGUGACCUACCGAAUUAGACUUAUUACCUGGUUUGAACUAGCAUGAGCAACACGACGGGUGCCACAUGUGCAGCAGGAUCUGCUUACCCUUCCGGAGCACCUGAGAUCACCCCUAGUUUUUGGUGGGGUUCGUGUUGCUCAGUAUUUGUUUUUUUAUGUUGUGUUUUAUGUGCUGUUGUUUGUUUGUCUUUUUCUUUUUUAGCCAUGGCGUUGUCAGUUUAUUUUCUACUUAUGAGUUUAAAUGUCCCUUUGGUAUCCUUUGCCUCUCUUUUACAUACACAGUGUAUCGAAGGGCAGUGUAUCUAUUAAAAGAAAAUUAAGAUGACAGAAGAAAUGCUGGAAAGUAAACAUUACAGACUGAGGACACACAAUCGGUUGGAUUAAGGUAGAUCGGUGAUCUCGCCAUCUUGUAUUAUAAAAGAGCAGAACACAAUCAGUCUAGAUCUUAAAUAAAAUAUGCAAAUUUUGAGAGAGGAAUGUAAUUUAUUUGUUUAACUUUUCAUUACAUGAAGAAAACUACGUGUUAAAAUAAUAAAAUUAACGGUACCAAUUUUUCUGCACCAGAUGCACAUUUCUACAAUAAAUGUCUCUUCAGUGAUCCUCGAGUCCAAAAAAAACUCCAAAGCUUAUUAAAAAAUGAAAAUUGUAUUAUAACGACUGUUUUUAGAAAUUAAUGAUUUCCUUUAUUUAUAUUUUCUAAUUUGCCAUACAAGGAGAGAUAACUCUGAUAACUUAACGUUUAUACGGAAAUGUGUACUAAAUUGACUUAUUUUGUUUGUUUAACAAGAAAAUGAGUCCUGUGACCCAAUUUUAUGAUUAUUUUCUGAAAGCAAAUUCUAAAGGCUAUUUUUUUUUUAGUUUUUUCGUCUGCAUUCAACAUGCUUACCCUAGUUCAUCCGGUUUGUAUCCGAGUAAAUUACAAAACACAAUAUGCUUAUUACGACAGGGAUAACAUUUAUUCACCAAAUUUGCAUUAAACAUGAACAUAAAACAAUGAGUCUUUACCAUUUCAUUUACAAUACAAUAUAAGGCACCAAUGAAAAAAUGGAAUUAUCUUGAAUGGUAGCUACCCCUCUCGAGUAUUAUUCAUCUGCAAUUCUGAUCAUUAAUGUAGGUUAAGGUCAUUUUAGUUUAGAGUCAAUUGUUUAUAAUAUAACAUGAUGCGUCAUUUGCCAUUUCUGUAUGAUUUGUAGUUGCUUCGAUCCUGGUUUUAAUGUAAAACUUAACUGAAGCCAUUUAUAGGACAAUUGAAAGUCAAAAUUACCUAAUUUACUGUUGACCUUCAUCAAUACAUGACAUGACUAAUAAUAGUUUCUAUCUAAUAAGUAGCUCCUAAAAUCUGGAAAUUUAUGCAGAACUUAACUCAAGUCUUUCUGGGGUAAAAUGAAGUCAGGGUCAACUGAGUUUCAUAUGAAAAAUAUUGCUCACACAUCAAUUUAUUUUCAGCCUCUUAAAUGUAAAUAUGCCAAUGACAAUGAAUGAAAGCAAACCUUAUUUCCUAUUGCGUUCGAAUGCAAGUUUCCAAACUUUAAGGAUGUUCGCUACUCUGUUUCAAAAUAACAAGCUUUUAAAAAGACUAUUAUAUAUUGAUAGUAUGAAAAUAAAGAAACGAAAAAAGCAAAAAAAAAAAAAUAUGGGUCAGUGUGCUCGUUUUCGAGAUAUAAGCCAUUGAAAAUUUGGCGGGAAAUAAUUCUCUCUAGACUUUUAAUAUAUUUAACAUUGACACCUUUUUUCUUUCAAAACCGAUUAAAAAAUAACAAGGAUUUUAUAAGAUUUUCAAAGAAGAUACUUUAAACUAUGUUUAAUCAAAUAAUGGAAAGAAAAGUAGGGGUUAAUGGGCAAAUUUUUUUAAUGGCACUACAUGGAUAAAACCAGAGGAUUCCGAAUAUCUGGCAAAAAUUCAAAAACAUGAGGAGCGAACUUCCUUAAAGCUAUAAAAGCAAAGGUGUAAAGCAAACAGAAACCUUUCUUUAUUUCCAGUAAUAUGAAACAACAACUGUAGAUCGUAAGAUAUAUCUAAGGUGUUUAUUGUUUGUAAAAAACAAAUUAAUCUCGCACUUUAAAAUGUGACCUGUAGAACAAGAACUGUUUAACCUUCCUGAGCACAUGAGUUCACUGUGGUGGGGUUCGUGUUGCUCUGUCUUUUGUUUUCUAUGUAUUAUUUUGUUAUUGUAUGUUUUUUGUUGUUACUAUUUUUGGCCAUGAUAUUGCCUGUUGCGAUUGGAAUUCAAUACGCACCCUUGGUAUCUUCUAUGUAUUUUUUGAAAUUUUCAUUGCAUUAUUUGUAUGCAGCAUUACCUGAAAUCUUAUAUAUUAAUUUAUCAUAUU